AUGGCAGAUUUAACCACGCUUGAAAGCCUUUUGGAGAUGGGCUUCGACCGGAACAGAGCGGAAAGGGCCGUGGCCAGCACCGGGAACCAGGGGAUCGAACAAGCCAUGGACUGGUUAAUGGAGCAUGAGAAUGACCCAGACAUUGAUGAGCCGUAUAAGCCUCCUGUUCUGGCAGAAACGGACGAUGACCAGGCCGGCACGCAAGCGUCUACGCCGGGAGACACAGCUGGAGUUGCAAGCAAAGAAGUCAGCCAGCAUGGAGAUGCCGAGAAAAAGCCCAUGACAGAAGAGGAGAAACAACAGCAAGUCAAAAGGCUAGAGGAGCUGAUGCGGCUGAAGCAGGCAGAGAGGAGAGAGCGGGAGCGUGCAGAGGAGCUGGAGAAGGAAAAACAGAGGAGGAAGCAGGGCCAGGAGCUGCAGCAGAUUCGCAGUAAGCUGCAAGAUGACGACAUGAAGAAGCUGGCUGAGCUGCGAAAGAGAGAGAAGAUGGAGGAUAAGUUGGCCAGGCAACGGGUUAAAGAAAAGAUUGCACGAGACAGGGAGGAGAGAGCAAAAAAGUUCGGAGGCGGAGGAACUUCGAGCACAAGUACUACUCCAGUCCAGCCUGGUCCGCUGUCACCCACCAGUCAGGGACCGCCCCCCACUAAGAAAGAGUACGACGAGUCCAGGAUACAGGUGCGUCUACUUGAUGGCUCCACUCUCACGGCUGUGUUCAAGGCCCAGGAGCCUCUGGCCGCAGUACGCGUCUACGUGCAGGUGAACGGCAACACGCCAGAGGGUCAGGACUUUACAUUGCUGUCUCCUUACCCCCGUCACGUCUACACCGAUCUGGAUAUGGAAAAGCCUCUCAAAGAGCUAGGGUUGGUGCCUUCAGCUGUGCUGGUUGUUACCAAAAAGUGA